CUCAUUGUUAAGAACUGGGUACCCAAUCAAGUGGUCUUUCUCUUGGAUCUAGUUCUGUUUUGAAAGGUCCUUAUUUAUUUAAAAGACAUGGCAGGGUAACGAAUAGUCGCAGAUUGGAAUUGAUCUUUAUUCAAUGGCGGAUACCGAGACAACAAGCGCUACUGACCACCAACAAAUGGACGCCAAAGAAGAACAAGAAGUUGGCGGCAAAGAGAGCACCAGGAAAGACAAAGAAAAGACAACUCAACCAGACUUGAAAAACAAAACGAAUGCAAACAAAACCAAGAAAACGAAAGAAGACAACAACGAAACUAACAAAAUGGAUCCGUCGGAGGAUGGUCGCAGCAAACAAAAAGAGUAUUUUAAGACCGAGUUGAACAGACUGGAAGACAGCCUUAAAAACGAAUAUUCAAAGAUACAGCCUCCACCAAAGAAACCAUACACGCCGUAUUUAUUCAACUCGUUGGAACCCUAUUACAACACGCAUACAGUCCACUAUUUAAUUCACAUGCCAGAUGAGAAGAUUCAAGGCUUUUCCAGCAGAUCUACAGCACAGACUCUAAUUGAUCCCUGGGUGGACCUGAGAAUGAGCACCGAGUUGCCUCCCAUAAUAUCGCCACGGCAAGCCACUCUUAAUGCUGAGACUUCAAAGAAAGAAGGAAGAGCAAAGAAACCACCGAACAGAGAAGAAACAGCGGCCACAAGAUUUCCUGUCAUUCGAAUGGAUCUAAAAGAACUGGAAACUAAGCCUUUGUACUACAGCGACGUACCAACCUUAAGAGAGCAUCUGAAAACUAAAUACAGCGCCAACGCCCAAGCCAAGAUUAAGGAAGACUACACAAGAACACAGCAAGAAUUUUACAGAAUGGAACUGGACAGACUGGACCAAGUGCACCCGGUCAAUCGGAAACACAUGACAGGAGUCUACUUUGCCUAUCUCCAGAACACGCCGGGAUCAAAGAAAGCCGUGACAGAAUGCGUAGGGAAGCUUACGGCUGCAGACUAAUUCGUGUUUCGUCCUUGUUUUUAUUGACAAUGCAACCAUGUAGGAUUGUAGGCUAAUUCAUAAUGAAAUCUGCUCUUUACGUUUUGAUUUUAUGAUUCGGUUAGCAUCCUUUAAGCAAUAAAUAACAGUAAGAAAGAAGAGAUAUGGAAAUAUGUCAGGGGUGGGGGCUAUAAAAUGGAACUUGGAAAAAAAAAAGAUUCUGAAGUAAAUAGAUGAAACAAUUGCAAUGUCGUUCUAUUUUAAGAUCAAUGUAGUUAACUUAAUAGUCCUAAUACAUUGUUAGUGCUUCAAAAGUAAGAAAGCAGAGCUGAAGGUUUAGUGCUAAAAGGUAUACAUAAAUGAUCUAUAUCUGUAGUUUUUAACACUGAAUUCACCAAAGAAUCUAUUUAUGAAAAUUUUUUAAAUUGUUAUUAUUACAGAUGCCAGUAUUAUAUUUGUGCAGUAAUGUAACGACUUGGAGCCUAACAAACUACGCUUACGUUAGAUUAUAAUCCUACAAUUAAUGCCCUAAAUCUAUAUAGUGUAUGUAUGUGUACAAACCUGAUAACUCCUUUGUCCAGUUUCUUCAGACUUAUUGCCACUUGCAGUGACGACUGUGACGACAAAAGGGAAGUACCGUAACCAUUACAAACUUGAGCAGGAGUGAGCUGUGCACCAUACCAAGUAGAAUAGCUGUAGGCUAAACUAUUAUUCAUGUAUUUUGUAAUGAGUUGUGAUUGUUUUCUUUGUCAAAUGUAUAUUAAAACACUUUUUCGCAAGUUCA